AUGUUGUUCAAGAAGCCAAACAUGUGUACAGAGUUUGUAAUACCCUGUUUCACUUUAAACAGUGUACCUUCUGUUGUCGUUUUACCAGGUGUUUUAUGUGACAUCACCUUAACAAAGUCAUUGUCUGACUCUCUUUUAACAUAUCUGAACAUGCAUAAGGAAGACGCUACUAUUGAUGCACAUAUUGUCAGUAAAAUUUCCGAUCAAUGUAAAGUAAUCCAGCCGGGGAAAGGUGCACAAAAAGUGCCAGAUAACAAAGACCGUUUUUACAUAUGUUUACUGCCUGCAAAUAACUCUAAGGCUGAUAUUGGAUGUAUUUGUGCCAUCGAGCAAGUGAGCUAUCUGGACGGCUCGACAACCAAAGUCUCUUUUAUGGCAUUACAAAGGGCUCGGGUUAAGGAGCCGCUUUUGAACUCUGGUGAUAACUUCUGGCUUUCUCCAGUUUCUUUGUAUGAUGAAUUUUCCAUUUUGACCAAAACUGUGAACACAAAGGAUGUCCUAAAUAUGGCUAUGGAAAUAAUUAAAACUAUAGAUAUGCUAGAGGUGACGCUGACUAAAUUUAAUAAUAAAUACAAAACAGCUGCAAAUAGUGGUAAUUCCCAAGAGCAUUAUCUACUACUAUCUCCUUUAUCAAAUGCUUUAUUUUUUCAAUUAAAUUCAGAACAAUUCAAUAGGUCAUGGUCUCAUAUCAGAGUUGAAGCGGAAGCGCUCAAAAGCUCUCUCGUUUUAGAUGCCCCAACUGAGUCAAAUUUGACGAAUUUUGGACUGAUUGAUAUCUUGACCACAGUUCUGCCUAUCUCAAAGACAUUUAGACUUGAUAUCUUAAAUUGCCUUGAAAUUAGAGAAAGGUUUACUACUUUCGAAAAAAUUGUCAAAUAUUUCUUCAUGAUUUUUGCUAAUUUAUACGAUUCCACAGAAUAUAUUAGAAAUUUUUAUUCAAAUGCCAACACUUUAGAGAAGGCCAACCUGAUUGCAAAUCAACUAAAGUCAUUGAAGAUUUUUAUUGAAGAUGUCAAAGCCAAUAAUACUGCGGUUGCAUCCAACAGUGGCAAUAAGAUGGGUAGACUUUUAGCGCCAACAUCUAAAAAUCAGCAAAUCAGGACCGAGAGAACCAAAAAUUAUGCAGAGGAAGAGGAAGAUUAUGAAGAGGAAGAAGAUGAUGAUUUUGACGAGUUGAAGUCAGUUAAAAGAUUUAUCAAGAAACUUCCGAAGUUGAAUAUCCAUCCAGAUGGGAAAAAACUCUUGGUUAAAGAUUAUAAGAGAUUGAUGAAGAUGUCUUUUCAAAAGACGAACUCAGAAUACCAACAGCUUAGAAAUUAUUUUGAUAUUAUAAUGGAUAUACCAUUUGACAAAUUCUCGAAGGAGGAAAAAAUUGAUAUAUCAAAUUGUAAGUCCAAAUUAGAUGUAGAGCAUUUUGGUUUACUUUCAGUUAAGAAAAGGCUAUUGGAAUACCUUUCAGUAUUGAAAUUGAAUCAGUUAAUCCCAAAGAAUCAGAAUAAAUGCCGUCCACCCAUUUUGUUACUAGUUGGGCCACCUGGUGUUGGUAAAACUUCUAUUGUCAGAUCCAUAGCAAGUGUUUUGAAUAGGAAGUACCAGAGGAUUUCCCUAGGUGGCGUCUAUAAUGAGGCAGAUAUCAGAGGUCAUAGAAGAACGUAUGUUGGUGCAAUGUGUGGGUCGAUCAUAAAUGCUCUUCGUAAAGCCAGUACUAUGAAUCCGUUAAUUUUACUAGAUGAGAUUGAUAAGAUUGGUACUUCGCCUGCAGGUCGCACUAAUACAGGGGAUCCAAGUUCAGCAUUGUUGGAGACCUUGGACUUUGAACAGAAUUUCUCAUUCAUGGAUCACUAUGUGGGGCUUCCUAUUGAUUUGUCCCAAGUGUUAUUUAUUUGCACAGCAAAUGACUUGAGCACAAUUUCAAGGCCUUUAUUAGACCGUAUGGAAGUUAUUAAGAUACCUGGGUAUACACUAGAAGAAAAGAUAGAAAUCGGUUCUAAAUUUCUAUUGCCCAAACAGAUCAAACAAAAUGGAUUAAAUCAAAUCAAUGGUGCAUUUAACUUGGAUCAAGAAGCAUGGGAAUCACUGGUGAGUGGAUAUACACGAGAGCCAGGUGUGCGUAAUUUGGAGAGGCAGAUAGCGAAGAUAGUUCGCGGUAAAGUAGUAGAAUAUAUUGAAGACCCGCGUAGAAAGGAAAGCAAAACUGUUGAUAAGCAAGAGUUGCAUAAAUACCUGGGAUUUCCCUUACAUCCUAUUACAAAAGAAUUACUGAGCGAUAUUCCAUGGGCUUCCAAAGAGGGUAUUGUAAAUGGGCUAUCAUAUAAUUCUGAUGGUACGGGUAGUGUUUUAAUAUUUGAAAUAGUAAGAACAGGACCAUGUAAGGGCAGCCACAGUGGGCCAGUGAUCAAAUCGACUGGUAAUUUAGGAAAUGUGCUUCAAGAGUCUAUUGAUAUUGGUUGUAGUCUUGUAAAAACUAUAAUCAGAAGAGGACUAUUAGGUGAUGUGCAUAAAUCCAAUGUGGAGACGUUUUUCACAAGUGAAUACCACCUCCACGCACCUAUGGGAAGCAUUCAAAAGGAUGGGCCCAGUGCUGGUAUGGCUAUCACAAUGGCAUUGCUGUCCUUAGCAACUGGGAGACCCAUUGAUCCGACAUUGUGUAUGACUGGUGAAAUUACGUUGAGAGGGAAAGUGCUACCUAUUGGAGGAUUGAAACAGAAGUUGUUAGGUGCUAAAAUGUAUGGAAUGAAGAGAGUUCUCGUACCAUACGGUAAUAAGCAAGAUGUUAUUGAAUCUAUAACGGAUGACAUUGAUUUAUUUAUGAAAAGUAGUAAUCAAAAUGAAAUCCAUCUCGUUCACGACAAAAUGGGGUUAUCACUAGCAUACGUGAACAAUAUUUACGAAGCCAUUGCAGCAAUUUGGCCUGACCUAAGCCUAGAGGGAUUAACCACCGUGCACAAAGUAUUUGAAAACAAUUUCAAAAGCAAGUUUUAA